CGGGGUGAACCGGGAGCUGGUGUCCAUCUUAUUUACACCGGUGAGACUGCUAAAUUUUUCAGCUGUCGGGUUUUGCAGAAGUAUACAAAUUGAAAGCCGGGUGUUCAGACAUGAGCAGCUCAGAGGAAGUGUCAUGGAUCUCCUGGUUCUGUGGACUGAGGGGGAAUGAAUUUUUCUGUGAGGUGGAUGAGGACUACAUCCAGGACAAGUUCAACCUGACAGGGCUCAAUGAGCAGGUUCCCCACUACCGCCAGGCCCUAGACAUGAUCCUGGACCUUGAACCAGAUGAGGAGCUAGAGGACAAUCCCAACCAGAGUGACCUGAUCGAGCAAGCAGCAGAGAUGCUGUACGGCCUCAUCCAUGCACGCUACAUCCUCACUAACCGAGGCAUCGCACAGAUGUUGGAGAAGUAUCAGCAGGGAGACUUUGGCUAUUGCCCCCGUGUUUAUUGUGAGAAUCAGCCAAUGCUUCCUAUCGGUCUGUCAGAUAUCCCAGGAGAGGCCAUGGUGAAGCUGUACUGCCCUAAAUGCAUGGAUGUCUACACACCUAAAUCCUCCAGGCACCACCACACAGAUGGAGCCUAUUUUGGCACUGGCUUCCCCCACAUGCUUUUCAUGGUUCACCCUGAGUAUAGGCCCAAGAGGCCCGCCAACCAGUUUGUCCCAAGGCUGUAUGGGUUCAAGAUCCACCCCAUGGCCUAUCAGCUGCAGCUGCAAGCCGCCUCCAGCUUCAAGAGCCCUGUUAAGGCCAUCCGCUAGGGUGUCCAGGAUGAAGGAGGAGGAGGAGGAGGAAGAUUCACAGAGAGAAAGAGAAGACCCGAAAGAAUUAUUAUCAGACGGGGAGGGGUCACCUGCAUUUUACAAAGCUCCUCAGAUGUCCCCUCCCCACCCUGAAGACUGUAUUAUUUUGGUUUAGAUUAGGGUAAAUGAAAGCAAAAUGUAAAGAUUUUUGAGUGUGAGAGAGACAUAAAAAUGCACAGCCAUGAUCUUAAUCACAAACACACACACACACACACACACACACACACACACACAAACAAAAAUACAUAAAUGCAGCAACAUACUUUGGGAUUCCAUACACUUACCUUACCAAACUCAGCAGUGCCAAAAACAGGAGUUGAAGUAACAGGAAGCUGAACAAUGCAGGUGCUCCACGCUGCUGCACCUGUACCCUCACAAUACAUCACUCUAAUGAGAAAAUUAUACAAUGGGUGGGUCACACUGCAGGGAAAUUUUCUCUGUAGAAAGGCUUUUUGUACCCAGGGCUUUUAGACGGAAAGCUGAAAGAAGUGCAAUGGCUGAGUCAGUGUUCACCUCUGACUCUGUGUUUGUUCUGUAUUUGGCACAGUUUGGUAAAGGGUGGUGGUAAACCCUCCGUCAUUUGAAGCCUCCUCUCCCUAUUAGCCCCCAGUGCAUGUACACUCAGGCCGGCACUCUUGGAGACAGUUUGGACAGUGGCAGUGGGUGUUUUUCUUUAACAGUUGUUUGUUAAAAAAAAAAAUUGGUUUGUCUGAUGUUUUGUGGUGUUGGUUCACAAAGCAUUCUGUGAAAUUUGCCUUAAGAUGCAGAGAAAACACCCAGAUUGUUUCGCUUUACAAGAGGCACGAGCAACAAUAGUUUCUUUUUUUGUUUUUAUUAUUAUUUCUUUCCGCUGUUAGAGGAGGUAGAGUAGAAAUAGAUAAAACUAACAUGACUUUCUAAAUAGUUCAGACACUUGUAAUUAGCCUAUGUCAUUUCUCCAGCUGUCUGUGUGUGUGUCAAACAACUGUCUGUAUUGGUACCGAAGUCAGAAUAUAACUUGUGCUGCAUUUGUUUCCGAGAGCCUCCCUCCUCAGCGGUAGGCGUACCUGCGUUUGUAUGUUACCCUCCCCUUCCCUCGUAGCUUCACCUCCCCUAAAGAAAUAGUUUGACAUUUGGGGAAUGGGCUUAUUCGCUUUCGGGCGGAGAGUUAGAUGAGAAGUUUGCUGUCAAGCUUACCCUGUGGUAAAUGUGAAGUUACAGCUGGUAGCCCAGCUAGCUUAGACUGGAAACAGUUCCCCUGGCACUGUCCAGCAGUUAGAAAAUUCUCCUGCCAGAACCUCUAAAGUCCACCAAUUAACACUAGUUUGUUUACCACACCUAGCAACCUGAGUUUAACAAUGUCAGACGGCUUUGUUGCCGGUUAGCAGUUGCUAAGCAACCAGCUCUAACUCCGACAUGUAACAUUAACCCCACUAACACCAUAAGGUGUUGUUUUAACGCGACAAACAAGAUAGAUCAUGUUAAGUUGUAAGCUUUACGGGUGCUGGUUUUAGCUAUAGUUCACAAAAUAUCGUUGUAUAUCGUUGGUCAAUUCAUACAAAAACCAAAGUUUAAAAACGAUUUCCCCAUUUUACCGGUGGGCUACGCGCUGACCAGCGGUUGCUAGGCAACCAGUGUUCCCGAACAUUACACUUUUUUUUGUAUGGAUUGAACAAACAAGAUAUAACAUUAGUUAUUAAUUAGUGAGCUAUAGAGGUGUUGGUUAGGUGGACUUUGCUAGCAGUUCUCCCUGUUUCCGGCCUCUACACUAAUCUAAAUCAAGCUAGCCAGCUGCUUGUUGUAAUUUGACAUUAUACAGACCAAUAUGAGAGUGGUAUUGCUCACAUCAAACUCUCCACGGACUACGAAUCUCUCCCAAAAUGUCAAACUAUUCCUGUAAAGAUCAAGCAGGAGACUCAGAGAAAGAGGAAUUUAGACAAUCUGAAUCCUUCAGCUCACUCCACCACUGCACUGAUCCAUCCUCCUGGUGUCUCUCCACAGCAGUCUCAUUAUUUAUGUUCAGGUCUAGAGACAGAUCACCAGCCGCUAGUUUUUUGUUUCUGAAACAGUGGGGCAGAUACUCAGUCGCCCUCCCCUUCACUCCCUCUCUUUACUUUAGUGUGAUUGGAAUAGGUUGUUUUUUGGAUUCCAUGAUACAAGAGAAACGGUAUUUAUGUGUCCAGAUUUUAACUAAUGUUUGUCUGUGUUGUUGUUGUUCUCUUUCUGCUACUGUGGAAGGGUGAGCAGGAUUCAGAAUUCUCAAUAAACUUCUAUUUUCUUUUCAUA